UUUUUUUUUUAACAGAAAUAAUGUCAAGGUGAUAAUGAUGAUGCCCACUCAAUAUUAAUAAUUUUCCUCAAAUUACAAAGGGACAGAAAAUCAAAGAGGAGCUAAAAAACUCGUGUUCUUCUGAUGGAGUCCCAAGAAACUAUUGAUGCAGAGACCCUGUCAGAGGAGACGGACCAAGAGGCGGGAUCUCCAGGAGACCUGGAUGCUGGAUUACAGGGCAGAACCCAGGAGCGUCAGCCUGGGGAGGGUGCAGCUGUCAGCGAGGCUCAGGCCACAGAGUGUGAAGUGGAGCGGCUGACGCAGCAACGCGAGACCCAGACGUCUACUCUGGAGGACACAGAGAUGGAGAAGCUGCACGAACACUUAGAAGAAAUGAAGUCUGUUUGCAAAGAAAGAGAUGACCUCCAGAGUCUGCAGGAGAUCCUCAGAGCAGAGAGGGACCAGCUCCAGGAGAGCCUUCGGGAAGCUGUGUGCAGGGUGGGUCUCCCCAACCCUGAAGGGGAGACAGCCCAGCUGGGGAAGCCAGGGGAGGGUCUCACUAGGACCUUCCAAGCGUUGCACAUGGACCCGGAAAGUGCCAUUGCAGCUGUGUGUCCAGCAGCAUCAGCACCACUGUGCAGGGCUGUGUGGAAGGGUCUCUGCCACAGUGAGUUGCAGUGA